GCCAACAGACAUGCCGCCCACCGCCGCCUCCGCCGUCACCGCCGCGUCUCUCCUGCUGCUGGCCGUGGACACCGCAAACCUGUCCGCCGAGUUCUCCGUGUGCAAAAGGAACGCUGGCAACAUGGAGAAAUGUGUCCAGGCAGCGCUGCAAGAUGUUGCCAACCAUCUCUCGGCAGGGACCCAGUCGCUGGGCGUCGCUCCCCUCGACCCCCUGCGGGUCCCGCAGAUCAACAUCCACCAUGUCGUCAAGUACAUCCUCAAGAUCAGGUUCAGGAACGUGCGCCUCACAGGACUCGCCAAUGGCGACGUCAGCAACGUCACAGCCGACGUGGAGACCGACAAGCUCUCGCUGGUGGGAGAAGCGCCGCACAUCCUGUUCGAGAGCGACUACGAUAUGCUUGGCAAGUUCAUCGAGGUCUUUGUUGUGGGAUCCGGCAAGUGCAAGUUCCUCUUCGGUAACGUGACGGCGCUGCUGCGGCUGGAGUCAGAGCGCGUGCAGAGGGAGUGUCACGUGCACUGGAGACCGCAGCGCUUUGCUCUGGAGGUCCUCAGCCUGGGCUCCGCGCAGCUCAACUUCGGCGACCCCCUCACGAUCGGCGCACUCAGUAUGGGCUCCAACUUCAGCCAGCUGGUGAACGACAAUUGGAGAGAGUUUUGGACGGUGCUGAAGCCCACCUUCCAGGAGAGGUUCGGACUGCUCUUCCUGGAAUUCGCCCUCAAGGUCUUCCAGAAGGUCCCACUGGACGACGUCUGCCCGCGGUAAGAGGAGCCGCCUGGCGGCGCCAACUGUAACAGGUCCUCUGUGGCUCCUGCACUGUACGUAUCUUCAAUAAAGCUGAU